UUUCUCAGCAAUCAUAGCUGACAUGUUAGGUUUUAAAAUUGCAAAGAAGGAAAGGUUUUAAAAAGUUAUAUUGGAUGUUUGCUAAUCUUACAUUCCAGGUGCCACAGGCAAAAUCCUGGUAUAUUUCACCAAUUUCUCAGUCCUUCAAUUAAUUGUAUUUAUUGGCACAUUAGUUUUUACCUAUAUUUGGUCAAAGGACAGGUAUUGGUAUCAUUUCUUGUGAAGUUAAGGCUAUAUAAUUUAAACCCUUUUUGUUCCUCACAGCCGCUUUCUGUGAGUAAAGGAGAUGCUGAGAAGCUGAAGCCCUUUGCCGGUUGACUCAGAUGGACUAGGGAAAAUGAUUGUCCCAAUAUGGUCCUUUGUAUCUAACUGGGACCACAAAUCGAAAGGUUACUUCUAGGAUAAGAUGAUAGUUUAUUCAAAACACUCUAAUAUUUAGUCCCUGCUGAAACUGGCAGAAGAUGGACCAAUCCUAAAACUUGUUUUAUGUGAAACUGGGAUCAUAUAUGACUUGGAUUUUAAAAAUUGUGACUUAUGUGUCUGUCCUACUAAUCCUAACAUUCAUUUCAAAAUCCAAAUAUGUUUUCUUUCUUGAAUUCCUUGCAGUGGGAGAAAUGGGUAGAUAUAUAUACAGUGGGAAACUUGAAUUUCAUCUUAGCAACACAAAACCUCACAUGUUGGAUUGUUGACUCUUUAAUUUAGCCACUCUUUAAAAAGUAUUACAAGUGAUACAUCUUACUUUAUAGAGAAUGGUGAUCAACCAUGAAACAUUUUAGCAAAAGGCACACUUCUUUGUGGCUUGCUCUCAGAUGCUGACAUAUGGUGAGUGUUCAGUUUGAGUUUUUAAAUUUUGUUUAAAAAAAAUCAUUGAAAUUUUAUGGAACAGUUCUUGUUCUCCUUCCCCAUCCUACAGUAGGAAGCAAUUGCACUGUUAGUAUUGUGUCAGUAUAAUCUGGAAGCACAAAGAUUCCACCAUGAGUGGCUGAAAAACCUGGUGCUUGUACCUACUACUUCCCUUUCAGUCUUGUUUAAGCUGACCAGUCAAAUGGAGACUGACGACAGGGAGGGAAAUAGGAUGUGGGAAGAGGACAGUUCUCACAAAUAUUUACUGGAAAAAAGUUGUUCUUCAUAGCUGGAUUGUACUUAUUCUUAUUCCUUCAAACAUUUAUUGAAUGCUUACUAUGUGCAAAGUCCUGUGGAGAAUACAUAAAUGAAUCAGGCAAAUUUCUGAACCUCACAUGAAGAACGGGCCAUAACUUUUUCAAAAUGCAAAUGACACAUUAUUAAAUGCCUAGUUAAUUUUGUCUCUUUCUACCAAGUAUGAAUGAGAGUGGCAGCUUGGUGUAAGUGGAUAUUGUUGGAGUUGGAAUCAGGAAGACCUGGGUUCAAAUUCUGCCUCUGACAAUCACCUCUAUGACCAUGAAAAAGUCACUUAACUUGAGUCUUGAGCAACUUUAAGACUUAGCUAUAGGACACAAUGUUUGCAAGAGGAAUAAAGAGAAAAUGUUUUGAUGGUGAAGAAGAUAUUGAAGGAACCCUGGCUGGUUUUAAGUCUGUUCCCUCAUAUAAUCUUCAGCGGCAAUCACUUUUAGACAUGUCUCUGGUAAAGCUUCAAUUGUGCCACAUGCUUGUUGAACCUAAUCUGUGUCGCUCGGUUCUUAUAGCAAAUACUGUAAGGCAGAUACAAGAAGAAAUGACCCAGGAUGGAACUUGGCAGAUGAUAAAUGCUCAGAACACAGAACAGGCUUCUCUUGAUCGCCUAGUAUCAUCAGAUAUCCUUUGUCGUUCAACAAAAGAACAGAAUGAAGGAAAACUUGUUCCAAGUUAUAGUAGUUUCUCAAAAGACUUUGAAAAUACCCCAUCUCAAGAUAUUAUUUCUGACCUGUCUACAGUUACAUCAGUACAAGCUCCAAGAAACCCUCAAAGUAAUGUUUGGGAAAUGGAGAACCCUCAAGAAAAUAGGGGAAACUUUCAAAAGUCACUAGAUCAAAUAUUUGAAACAUUGGAGAACAAAAAUCCUAAUUCUGUAGAAGACUUAUUUUCAGAUGUUGAUAAUUCUUAUUAUGAUCUUGAUACAGUAUUAACGGGAAUGAUGAACAACACAAAAAUGGGACAUUGUGAUGUGCUUGAGAGCUUUUCAUCUCAGACAACUACAAAUUCUAACUCAAAUUGUAAAUCUGAUAUAAAUGAGCUUGACCAUAUUGUGGAAAUCCUUGUUGAAUCUUGAAAUGGUUAAAAACAAAGCUUGAUUCUUUGAAGAAGUCAAGAACAUUUGAAAAAAACAAGCCUUCAAAUAGUUUACUAUCAAAUGUAUAUGUAAUCUACAUAAAAGAUAAAAAGCACCUCAUUUUGUGAAAUAGUGUUAUCUUUAAGGCUAACAUACUCCUUGCCUUUGACAAUUUUGAUUUAUCCACUGAAAUUUAAAUAGGUACUAUAACAAGUAGUUAUAGUACUUAUGUAAGUAGGGUUUCAAGUUUUCCAAGGUUAGACUCUUAUUUGAGAGUACUUUUUCUUUCACAAUGCAGAUGGGGGGAGACUGGUACAAUAGGUUUUUGACUUUUAACCUUUUUUUUCAGGGCCUAUACUUAAACUAAUUACCCUGAUUCUUUUACCUUCAUUCUUUUUCAGCUACAAUCACCAGCCUUCAACUUUAUUACUCUAGAUAGAUUUUUUUUUUAUGUUUUUCCUCUUAAAAAUAUAUUUUUGAAAUUUUUUAUACUUUAUCAGUGUUUAGAUUUUCCAGCUAUUUUCCUAAAAGUAUAUUUUUACUAUAAAUGUUCUUUCUGCUGCUAUUCCAAUAACAUUCUCAUAGCAUAAACAUUUGGAAUUUGUAUCUUUCUGUUAAAAUUUUAAAGGGAUUUUUGUUUUUCAGAAUGAACUAUAAUAUGGUUCAAUAACUGUAAAUAUAAAACAUGCUUUCAAAUGUAAGAACUGUUUUCAUAAUCAUGUAGUGCUUUAUUAAAAUUGAGAAACUUGUAUUGCUUUUUAUACUUGAGCAUUGUUAGAAAGGGGGAAAAUGCUGAUCAUAGAUUAAAGCCAUGUUUCAUAUUAAUUCUGAAUAUAAAUUAUGUAGGAUUUUAUUUAUGUAUAUUUAUAUGUGAAUGUCAUCAUAGUGAAUUGUUUAUCAUUGAAGUUUAUAGAGUCAGAUUUGUUUAUGUGAGAAAACUCUUGCACUAAUAAGUAAAGUGUUAUUUGGGGCCUUUGAAAUCUCUAGCGUACUUUUUAUCUUAAAUUAGUAUGUUUUACUCUUGUGUACAUUUUUCUGUGUCGUUCUUCCUCUGAAAGACAUUUCACAGGUCUUACCUAUUUUAAAUAAGUACAUUCGUUGUAGAGUGUAUUUAAUAUGUUAAGGGACCAUUUAGGGGGAAAGGGUAGUUUGAAUAUUAUUGUUAGAAUGAAAAAGUCCAAUUUAUUGUUUUAAUCUGUGCCUGGAAUUUUUAAAAAACCGACUGUAGUUUGAUUGAAAUAAAGAGAUUUGUAUACA